GCUAAGGCAGCGCAGCCCGCGAGAUCGGGGCGGCGGCGGCCGCUGAUUGAGGGAAACGUGAGCCGAGCCGAGCCGAGCCGAGCCGGGCCGCCUGCAUCACUGCAGUGCUCUCACUGCGGAAAGAGAGGGGGACGGAGCGAGGCGGCGCCGCGGGGGCUCGGCCGCGGGAGCGCAGGGAGGCGAUCGACCAGAAGCAAACGGCCCCGUCGCCUUCGGGCCGAGGCUUCCCCGCCAGCCCGCGCGUCUCCGGGCUUGUGCUCGCCGCAGAAGGGGAGGCGAAGCCGCCGCCGCCGCCGCGGCCUCGCUUGGGUACCAGUCGCAGCCGGGCGCAGCUUGGCAUCCCGCUCCGCCUCGGGGCCGCUAGGAGACCGGAGAGAGGACCCGCCGGCCGGGCGCUUUCCCCCCGCCGUCCCGGCCCCGAGGCGCAUCGGCUGAGCCGGAGGACGCGGCGCCCGCUCCCCGCGCACCUGCUCCUCGGCCGAACCGCUGGAGCGGCGCCAGCCUGCGGGGGGAGCCAGCCGCGGAGGAUGUCCGGGGCUCCCGGACAGCCGACAGGGAACCGGCGGAGGGCUCUGAAGGGCCAAGCCAGUUCCAAGUGAAGAAGGGGCAGCUCUCCCAGAGCAAAGCUGAGCAGGACCUGCCUCACCUGGGGGCCUUUUCCUGGGACCUGAUCUGCAGGAAAGAGCACCGAGAAAGCUGCACGUCAGAGCUCAGGAAUUUGCAAAACACAUUCUUGAGCAGUUAGGAUCUCCCCACACUUAAGCAGGAACCAAGGCGCGCAGGCCUCCCCCGGAGACUCCAAUCACAUUCCAUCCACUCCUCUGCAGCCGAGUGGGCUCAGCUACACUGGCAGGGCAGAAGAAACCACCAGCCAGCGCUCUCCCCCGCCUCCUUUCCUUGCUGCUCACCCAGCCAGCCGGUCAGCCAGCUGAGUCUCAUUCUGCCAGCCAAGCACCCUUCCUGGGAACUAGGCCCAACGGCCUGCUGCCAAGAGAGCGGGAUCCGCGGGCAUAAAAAGUCUGGUGUGGACAUCGCCCCUCGCCUUGCAACCUGUCUUGCCCAGAGAGCGUGGACGGCCCAGGCCGCAGCCGGCACGACGGUCGGAGCCAUUUUGGCAGUCCUGCUGCGGGAUGCAUCUCUGCCCUGCUGUCCCCCUCCAGCGCUGCCCCUUCAUGGUCCGCGCCCGCUUCAAAGCCUGGCUUGCCACAAGCCCCAUCUAGCCUCAUGCAGGAGACCUUUGGAGGACCCAGAGCCGCGGACAGGAAGGUGAAGAGCCUCCUCAUGUCAUGUCUGAAAGGGCAGCAGGUCAUCAUCAAAAUGGAGGCCAUGAAGAUCAUCCAUCCUGAAAAGUUCUCUGAGCUGCAGAGCUCCCAGUCACGCUAUGUGCCGGCCCCCCGCCGGGACCCUCCCCUGGUUGCCAAGCGGGCCUGGCCCUCAGAGUCCGAGAUCAUCGUUAACCAGGCCUGCGGUGACAUCCCAACCUUAGACCACAACCCAGGGUCUCUGGGGCUGUCGCGGACUCCGCCCCUGCCCCGGCGGGAGCGGCUGUAUCCAGGGCAGCGCAAGGGCAGCUCCGACCUCUGCUACCACCGCCAAGCCUCGGCCUCGGACGAGGUGAUCGUCAACCAGUACGUGCUACACCCCUCCACUCCGUCUGAGCCCCUGGAAUGUCCCACCUGCGGCCACACGUACAACUUCACCAACAAACGCCCGCGCAUCCUCUCCUGCCUGCAUUCAGUGUGCGAGGAAUGCCUGCAGAUCCUUUACGAGUCCUGCCCAAAGUACAAGUUCAUCUCCUGCCCCACGUGCAAGAGGGAGACGGUGCUCUUCACUGACUACGGGUUGGCUGCCCUGGCGGUCAACACCAGCAUCCUCAAUAGGCUGCCAGCCGAAGCACUCUCGGCCAACCAGGCCCAGUGGAGCAGCGAGACCGACCGCAGCUGCUAUCAGACCUUCCGCCAAUACUGUGGGGCUGCCUGCACCUGCCACGUCCGGAACCCGCUCUCUUCGUGCACCAUCAUGUAAGCUGUGUUUCCGCCCCUGCCCUACUCUGCCCACAGUCUCUCGCUGGCCUCGGCAGUGGGACUGCAUGAGGGAGAACAGGAUGGCUUCCACAGGUCCUGGGAGAUGCCAAGGCCGACCAGACUGGCCUUCCGGGAUCAGCAACUACCUGGCUGCAGACACACCUUGAGUUGGGAUGGCUGCUGCUUUGGGGAUGAAGUAAUCUUGGGGGUCACCCCUGGUCGGGACGGCUUCCUCCCAGGUAUGGCUGUUGGAAGAGCAACCAGGAAGGGCUAUGGAGAUCCGACCGCCCACUGCCGUCCCGUCCAUUCACCUCCCCUUCCUCUGUGCAUCCCGCGAGACCCUAAGCCACGCUUGGAUUGGAUCUUCAAGGGUCGGAUUUGAUCUCUUUCCUUUCAGCUCACGCUUAGUCCCAGCGGGUUCCAUUUGUCCAGAACGGGGCGGUUGUUGGGAGAAGACGAGCCAAGGCAGGACCCUGGAACACUACAGAAACGAUGCCAGGCGGGGCCUGUGCUGGAAAACAAGGCAGAUGCCGAUUUUAAAUUAUUUGCCAAAGUUUCUGAUUCUGUGGCCAAGCAUUGUAAAUUCACUCUGUGCUGCCAACUGAAGUGCAGUUGCAAACAGGAAUUCCUGAAGAAUCACCCUGUUUUCUUGAUGCAAAUUCUUAAGGGAAGCGGAAAACGAAUGUACAUUUUUAAUCCUCAUUUUGGAGGAUGCAUUCCUCAGCCCUGUUUCCGAAAUGCAUCUUGUUUGGGCCUUGCUGCUUAAUAAAAUGGACUGAGAGUGCAGCGAUCCUUGGGUUGCGUCUCCUGGGGCGAAGGGAAAGGUGCGUCUCUGCCAAUGGAAAGGGAAGCAGCCCCCUCCCCCCUCUGACACUGAAUCUCCUCUGAGGAAAAGGCAGGGGAACCUGACCUUUUCCUCCAUCGGGGGCAAUUCCAGGAGUGUGGGCCACUCCCCAACUGUAGCCAGGUCCUGAUAACUGUGUCUAGAGACCCCUCAGCCCGUGAAAAAGACCUUCCCAGCCGAAGGGGCAGAUAGAGGGCGGCCUGUGCAGUUUGAUCGCUGGAACGCCAUGUUAGUAUCAGGCUGGAGGGAAGAGAAUAGCCACUUCCUCUGGCGGAGGCUGGUCUUGGAGGAAGUAUCAGUCUUGCAAAACAUUCUGUGCCAAGUUAGAAAAAGAAAAAGCCAUAACUUGAUCCGAGUCCAACCGACACUCAAGGCCAGACUCAGAGAAAAGGGCAUUCCUUAGUGACCCCUCCCUUGAGGUUCAGCCCCACGUGCCUGUGGGUCCGGGAGAGCGGAGAUUUAAAUCUUCAGUUGCCCUGUGGGUCUUUCUAGAAGUAAACCAGGAAGCUGGCAUGACUGGCAGUGGAGCUCUAAGCGGCAUCCCUGGGUCACGCCAGGCUCAACAUCUGGAGAACCCACAGCACUAGGAGGCUGGGACUACAGCUGGGAGCAAGGCCUGGUUGGAGCCCAACAAAUCCUGACUCUUGCAAACAUCGGCCAAAGGGCAGAACCACCUUAGCCAGGCUUGUUUCGGCUUUGCUUCUGCAGAAGGGUGCAGGAAAGGGGGAGCCACGUCCCCUGGGAUGAGCGGAGGAGGGCAACGUUCCCCAGUGGCAGCCUGGGCAUUUCCCAUCCAACCCCCCAGGAACAUCUUGGCUCAGCAAAGGUCUGGCAUUGGCUUGGCCAAAGGCUCACAGCCGCUUGUCCCUCAGGUAAAUUGUCGAACUUUGGCCAAAGCCCAGAUCAACACGAGAGGGAAAGCAUCAACCCAGAAAACAAGAUGGCUGACAAAGAAGAUCCUGUUUUAUACACGGUGGUCUUGUUAACCCUCAGCCAAAUCUAAAUAAAGAAUGCUCCUGAACCAAAACAGACACGUCCUUUCCAUUCAUGUGUGUGCAUAUAGAGAGAGAA